CUUAUUAUUAUUAUCUUAACAACGUUCAAAAUCACUUGUGAUUUAGUAAGUUCAGUGAAAUGUAUGAUUGAUUUCCUACUUUUGAAUGCGUCGGACGCGUUUUUGUGCGCGCGCUUGUGCUCUCGAAGUAUUCGGACGUGUUUUCCGGCUCCGGUAAUUUUUACGACCAACUACUGAAUUUCUAAAGUGCCCGUGAUCGGAUGGUUGUUUUCGCGCGUUGCUGGUUUCUCUCUGUGUCUACUAACGGCUGAAUGUAAAUGCCGCGUAUGCUAGCCCCAUGCGUGUGCAGUGACAGUGUGUCUGUGUGAUUAUCCCCAAUUGCACGGUCUGUGACCGUUAAUCGGUAAGCCACUUGCCUGGCCGAGUCCUUAGGCUCGGAAAGAUACUCGAUCGCCCGUGGCUUCAAUCAAAACAAAGUGAAAAGCGCUGAAGAACAACAAAACAGAAUCCUGCUCGAGCGAAAAUCGUGUCUGAGUGUGUGGUCGGUGUGUUGCGUGCGUGUUUCGUGAAGCUCCAAAAAAGGGCCCGUGCUGUGUCUGUUAUUCACGCGAGCGGUAAAAGUGUCAGAAAGGGUUGUCAAAUGCUGUGGUGGUGUGUGUGACGGAAAGUAGGUGAACAGCGAGCGAUUCUUUCAACGUGCGUGUGAGCGUGCGUGCGUGUGUUCGGUUCUCUAUUACGUAUUCGUGGAGCUACUGUUGUUGCGUUUGGGGGCUGUGUUGGGUUUGCCGUAUGUGGUGUGCGAAGGUGCGUAGUGUUUGUUGACGUCACCGUUGCGGUAGGUCCUUGGUGUGGUCCUGCCACUGGUAAAAAGGCGAACAAAGUGGCCUUCGUGGGGGUUGCUAUAGUAGCAUCCUUCUGUGUUCCCCAGUGCUCCCCUCCGGUUGGCGUCCCGCUUUGUGUUCCGCGUUGUCGCUGCAACCUGUAAUCGUGGAAACCGCACAGGACGGUGCCGACGGCGGAGCGCUCAUCAUGAGCCUGAAGAAAGCCAGCCGCACCAAAAGCCUGUCGCUGAGCGGCGAUGACUUUCCGUUGCGUCCGCCGGCCACCAAACCGAAGGCUGCCUUCGCCCCGGCGAAACGGCCCGAGGAUACGCUGAAGAUCAUGAAAUACAUUGAUGAAAACGUGAUCGGCAAGGGGGUUGCCUUUCUGGGACCCUACGGACGUCGCAAAGUGGUGUACGCUGAUUAUGCUUCUUCCGGCCGUUCACUGCAGUUUCUUGAGGAUUAUAUCAACAAAGAAGUGUUGCCGGCGUUCGGGGACUACAGCUGCAUAUCGGCCGUAACAGGAUUGCAGUCACAUUUGUAUGACAAUGAAGCACGUGACUUGGUGCGGGCUGCGGUUGGUGCUAACACCGAGGAUGAGAUUGUGUUCUGUGAUAAUCCGGCAGAGCGUCUGUGCUACCUACUGUCCAACCCGAAUGUGUGCGACCUCAGCCAGCUCCAGUUUCACAACAACUCCCACAGUGCCAACAACAAUACCUCGCUCAAUCCGCACCACCAGUCGCUGCUGCUGGGCGCCCACCGUCAGAACAGUUUCUCCAACACCUCCAUUCCGUCGGAAGGAACGGAGGGUGGCCACGGACUGAUGGUUCCUAUACUUUUCGUUAGCACCUCCGAACCAGUAUCAAACCUGCGUCCCUGGAUCGACGCCGGGUGGCAGAUCGAGCGAAUAGCGAAGAAUCACGAAGGCUUCCUGGAUCUGGUCGAUUUGGAAAAGCGUUUGCAGCAGUACGCGGAGAAUCGGCGCCAAAUGGUGGGCCUCUUUUCCGGUGCCUCGCGGUUGACCGGCAUUCUGGCCGACGACGUGGCCACCACGAUUCUGUUGCACCAAUACGACGCUCUCUCGCUGUGGGAUCACAGUAUGGCGGCGUCGUGCGCUCCGAUCAGUACCAAUCCCGUGCUUCCCGGUGCCCAGAAAGAUGCCAUCUUCUUCCACUGCAACCGGCUUGUCGGUGGGGUGCAGGCACCGGGGGUGCUAGUCAUUAAGCGUAAACUGAUCGAACACAGUACCUCCUUUCUCAGUGACUCCGUCGGUGUCGUAAGUGCGGUCCGCGCCGGGCUCGUUCUGCAGCUCAAGGAGUCGCUCGGUUCGCAAGCCAUCAUGGGCCGGAUGGAGAAAACGUGCAAACAGAUGCUGGCUCACGUCCGCACCAUUCCGGAGAUUGUGCUGCUCGGGCCUCCGUGCACCACGGCCAAGCGCUUGACGACACUGUGCUUCAUGGUGCGCCAUCCGCGCGGUGCCUUUCUGCAUCACCGCUUCGUGGUGGCCGUGCUGAACGACGUGUUCGGCAUUCAGGCCACGGCGGACAACAUCAUAAGCGAUUCGCUCGGAAUAAACCCACAGCUGAUGGUGGAGUACGAGAAGCUGCUUAGCGACGAAUCGCUCCGGGCGGGUUGUCUUCAUCCGGGGUACACGCGCAUAACGUUUCCGUUCUUCAUGCCCGAGGCCGAGGUCGGGUUCAUCCUGGAGGCGCUGAAGAUGGUAGCCACCGAGGCCUGGAAGUUGCUGCCGCAGUACGAGGUGGACGAACGGUCCGGUGAGUGGCGCCACCACUCGAACUCGCUGGCGAAGGAACGCAAGUGGCUCGGCGCGAUCCGCUACAUCGAUGGCAAGAUGUUGUUCUCCGAUCGGCGCAUAUCGGGCCCGGGUACGUUCCCGCAAAACUACUCCGACUGUCUACAGACGGCUCGCAAUCUGUUCAAUCGGGCACGCAAGAUGGCCCAACGGUCCGCGGUCAAUCGUGAACAGAUCGUGCUGGAACUGUCGAAUGCGGCCAUGGAGAAGCUGCGCUGGUACAUGCUGUCCGGUGAGGCCCACGAGCUGCUGCUCGGGCACUCGCACAGUGUAAAAAAUACGGUUCCCUUUGACCCUACGAAAAUACCUGAAAACGCGUCGCUGAUGAUGAUUCACCGACACCACAGCCUUUCGGCGCUGGACAUCAAGCGGUUCAAGAGCCGCAGCUUGCCCGCCUCUCCGCUGCAGAUCUCGUCGCGCCGUCAGAACUCCAGUUCGCCGUAUCAGUCGCACAGCCCCACGCCAACCUCUUCACCGCCGAUGGUAAGGUUUUCGGUAGGCGGCGAGGUCACGACCCUGCUCAAUCCUUCGCCGAUGGCAACGACGGCCGCCAUUGACGUCGGUGCUGGCCGUGAUAUGAACGUUAGUCGCAAUAGAUGUCACAGUUGGGGAGCCGCUAGCUACCGCGCCCGUAACGGUGGCAUCGAGAGUCGAGAUGCUAACGAUGGAUACGAUCCCACAGGGGACACUGGCGCGCAAAAGGGAGCUCUGACUAGCUCUGAUAAUGGCCCUGCUGGUGGAAGCGGUGGUGCCAAUAAUCUGCACGUUCUGAGUCCACAAACCCGCAUCAGUCUCGGGCUGGAUCAGCAGCAUCCGUUGCAACAGCAACAGCGAAUGCAGCCAACGCUGCCGGUACCACUACCACUCCCGAGGCCGGUGCUUCAUCGUCCACUGUCGGUGGCGGCAGUGCCGUCUUCGUACGGAUCGAGUCCGCCGAUGCAGCUGCGCCCGAAACAGAGAUCCUGUUCGUGCAGCAGCCAGACGGACGUCAGCCUUCCGCGCAACGACGGCCCGCCACAGGGUGGGACGGCUUCACCGACACCGAGCCUUCCAAACUUGCGGCCCCACCUGGGAAGUAGCUGCAGUGAAAGCACGGAAGACAUUCAUGCGUACGUGAAGGAGAUGACGAAGGAGCUGGCUACGGAGAUCAAGUCCGAGAUUCGCGAAGUGAUCAGCAAGGUGGAGGAUGUGCUCGAAAGCACCGACAGCAUAGACCUGAGCAGCGUAAACUUCCACUCACUCGGACACCUAAGCCAUCCACCGGUGGAGAGCAAACGGGACUCCAUAUCGACCAGCGACGUGGUGGACUAUUUACGCGAGUUCAGCAAAGAGAUGACAAACGAGGUGAAGUCCGAGAUACGGGACGUGGUCAAUGCGGUGGACGAAAUCAUUUCACCGGAAGGGUUCCUCGGCGGGAUGCGCAAAAAUUCCCCACCGGACAUUCUGCGCGCCAACGGUGGGGGCCCGAACCAGGCACAGCAGCACCACGGCACCACCGCUGGACACAAACUUUUGAUCAAGCAACGGUUCAGCGAUCUAACCCCGGACAUCGCCAGUCAGCGGCCACGGUCGGCCGAUAAUGACAAGCAUCGGUCGGAGUCGUUUCCACGGCCGAACUCAGCCGCCAGUCCGGACCACGUGAUUAUGGGACCUCCGCUGCACUACACCGGGGCAAUCUCGAAGAAUCUCGAUCUUCGGUCGACGAUGUCGUCCCAGGACUCCGGUAUUAACAUGAACUUUUGCGAUGCCGCCGAUGAGCACCGGAUGAAGGCAAUGCGAGCUACCGGGAGUGAUAGAAAUCGCACGGUGUCGGCCGAUGUAGAACCCACCGUGAAACCGAUGCUUCCACCAAAAAGAUUAAUAUCUGAGCCCUCGGGCAGCUCCAUCUGUGAGGCAUCCGAUGGCCCCGAACGGCUGCCGGACGGGUCGGCUAAAUCGCACCUUACGCGCCAACAGCACAUCCUCAAUCGGACAGCAUCGCUGGAACUCGAUGCCGGUGUCUUGUCCGGGGCGGGCGACAACACUAAUAUCGCCAGCCAGUGGCACAACAUGCCGAAGGAAGUCUGGAAACAGACAGCCGAGUUGAUCGUGAAGUUGGUCGAAUUGUUUAAAGUGUGAGAAGGAUUACCACGGAUUAGCAACGGCUCUUUGUGUGUGCUCACACAGCUGACAAACAUGAACACAAAACUUUCCUGAACCAGCGUGUGACGAUGAUUGUGGGACCGGAAUCGGACCAACAGCAUUCCGAGCAUGUAAAACGUAACACAGAAAGUCCUCCUCAACUUAAAUUCAGCAUAAACACCAAGCGCAAUGCAACAGAUGAUUCAAACACUAGCUAUUACUCUAAAUAUUGUAUGUACUUUAUUGUUAACGUAUUCACUAUUCCGUUUUUCGCUACGAAACACACUAUCUAUUUACAGUACCCUUCCUUAAAUUGUAGUACCUUUUGCAACAAUUGUGAAAUAAUUAUAUCUGUGAAAGAAUGUAAGCUUUUUGAUAAUGUAUCUAAUGUACGUUGCGAGUGUUCAGUCAUUAGUGAGGAAAUGAGUAAAAGAAACGGAUAACAAAAGAAAUGCUUACGACAAAAGUAGGCUGCCAAUAAGCGAUAGCUAGGGCGAAACAAAUGGUUCGAGAAUGUUAAAGGGGAAAAUAUAUUUUAUUACAAGUUGAAACAUGAUUUCUACAGUUACAACCGAAACGAAAUUAAUGAACUACAACGGAAAAAUAGGCGCGCCUUUGACUUGUGUGUGUUUGUGCGCAUGCGCAAAUUGCAGAUGGAGAAUAGUUCUGUGUUUGACAAACAGGUGUCAUGAUUAGAAACCGAUAGUGGCGCCACGCUUGUUAGACACGGUGAUUGGGGCGAACUAAUCACAGUAAAUAGUAGAAAUUAUCAUCGAAUGAAUACACCGCAUGCACACAGUGAACGCGUUGUGAGUUUCGAAUCGGCCAUAAUUAUGCUAU